AUGGGCCACCAAGUUGACGAUGGAACGUAUGAUGCUCUUGGGCAGCUUUUGAAAGGCAAAUAUCUUGUUGGGAUGAUGCCAGAACGCUUUUUGGAGGAGUUCCUAUCAUGGAACGCAGAUACACCACUGAACUACAAGGAGCAACAACCAAGUGCAAACAGAGUACAAUGCAUCAUAUCAGAGUCAUCAACGCACCAGCAGAAUACAGAGGGCCGUACCGAUACAAAACAACAACUUAGAUUUGGACAUUUUACGCGUCCUGACGAUGCCUGCGGUUCCAUGAACGUUGAGAUAUCCACAUACUGGGAAGAAGACUUUCCGAGCAUCGCUUCCGGCUCCUGUAACUUUGCUCUGCACCAGACUCAUGGAGUGUUCAAGUCCGAUAUCUCACACGAUGCAUUCGCCCACCCAUUUGAUGAAGGCACUAUGGCCGCUGAAGAUUCUGAGUUUGUGGUCAGAAAAAUCGAGAUUUUCAGCUCUGGCGAAAGUAACGAAACACACGAUGCAAGUAUAUAUGGCAAUGUGGUUUCUGCGAAGGAAAAGAAAGAUGAGCAAAUAUCACAGGAAGAUGCAGUACUCGAUGGGUCACCGGUAGUCAAGCUCAAAAACGACCUUUCGAAUUCUAUCUCCAAUAUUGAAAUAGAUACCGAGCCUGCAAUUCGUACACGGGGACAGAUUGCUGCAUACGCUGGUGCUACCAUGUCGAUGGCCUUCAGGACCCACUUUUUCUCCAUGAUGAUCCUUGGCCAUUAUGCACGAUUCAUACACUGGGAUCGAUCUGGUGCUGUUGUAACGAGCAGGUUUGAUUACACCAAAAAUCCUUACAUCAUCUUCGAAUUUUACCUACGCUAUGGCCAACUCACGCCUCGGCAGAGGGGGUUCGAUACCAAUGUGCAACCCAUCAAAGAUGGUUUACCCCCGCACGUCGCCAACGCAUUCAAUAAAUAUCAUCGCAAAUCAUGGUACGAAGGUGCAAAAUUUGAACAUAAAACCCACCCUUCCAAUCACAUUCCCAUCUCGCAGACGCAAUUUUUUCGCAUCAAAAUUGAGGACCGGACCCAAGGCCGUGUUGAAACCUUCAUUAUUCCACCUCCCAUCUAUAAAAAGUCGUCGCUCAUGCCAUUUGGGCGAGCCUCCAGACGUUCUCUGGCAUAUCUCGAUGACGCUGUCGCACCGAAGAUGUGCUUCUUCAAGGAUUCGUGGCAUGAUAUCUCCGAGCGUAGUGCCCCAGAGGCAGAUAUCUACCGACUUCUCCAGUCCAAAAACGUGCCAAAUAUCGCAUCCAUGCGUCUGGGGGACGACGUAGAAGGUUCGGAAACUAAAACGCAGAGAUGGGUUUCCGCCUUCGCUCGUAGUGGUCAGCAUAAACGUAUCGGAACUAUGGUUUGCCAUCGCCUUAUUAUGGACACUGUUGCUCGAGACUUAUCAACCUUCACCUGGUGCAAAGUUCUCCUUAAAUGUCUCGCUGAUGCAGUCGAUGCUGCCCAGGAAGCAUAUAAAGUCGGUGUGUUACACCGGGAUAUAAGCGCAGGCAAUAUCAUGAUUACCAUGGACGAUAAGACACACGAAUUGCGCGGCAUCCUCAUUGACUGGGAUAUGUGUCUUCUUCAUAAUCAACGAAACUCCAAUAUCAAUCGUAAAGCAAGAACAGGAACUUGGGCAUUCAUGUCCGCCCGACUUCUGUCUAGCACAAACGCCUCGAAGCCUGUUAUUCAUUCCCUAUCUGACGACAUGGAGAGCUUUUUCUGGGUCCUCUUUUAUCAAGUCCUGCUAUACACGCGUCACAGCAAAUCAGGCGAAGAACUUGAACAGCUCCUGCAAAGUCUCUUCGAUGAUGCAGCGAAAGGCGAUAAUGGGAUGGUCGGGGGCCAAGUGAAGAUGUGGGCUUUGCAAAUUGCCUGUAACCCUAGCUCGAUCAGGCGCUUCACAAAGUUUGAUAGAGUUGAGCUGGAAAAGGUUCUCCACGAGCUCGGAUAUCUGUUUAACUCCCCUUACGUACUUUCUGAGCAAGAAGACGAAGAACGAAAAGCCCAAAACUCCAAGGUUAAGGUUGUCGAAACCGAGGUCAGCAAACCUGCGUUCUCGGAUGAUGAGGAUGACCCCGACGACGACGAUGAUGAUGAUGCCGAAGAUGAUGAAGAUUCCAAUAAAGACGACGAAGACGACAACGACAACGAAAGUGAGGAAGAAUCAGACGAUCCUGAUGAAGAAAAUCUUUCUCUACAAGGGCAUGUCGGAAAUCCCAGCCCUAUACGGAAGGAUCUAAAUGAUCCAAACGAAAAGUUGUUGUCCGAUUAUCUGCGCCAAAUUGCUCACUCGAUGGAGCCUUGGGGUGUCACUCCAGCUGGUCUACUUUCGCCCAAGCAAAAUUCUCGCCCUCCGAAAAAUCCUGCCAGAUGGAGGCGUGCACUCCCAAAACACCAUGAAGCGGACUUCUACCCCAUGCGUCUUGCGACGGAUGCAAAUGUAAAGAGUGGGUAG